GUCCUUUCUUCAAGAGUUUCAGCAAGGAUUUUUUUCGUAAAAUUGGUAGGCACGUUCUGGGUAAAUGUUCUUCAAGCUGUAAACCAGAGAUUCGAUAUUCUGCGGAGAGCAUGCCGCAGCGCAACCUUACCAAAACUUUUAAUUUACGCGCGCGCGUGCAUGAUCCGGAUAUGGGUUACCGCCCUCUAUCGGCAUUAUGGUGUCAGUGAGUGUCACUGUUAUUAUUUUGCAACGUUCCUACAAAAAUAAAUACAGCCGGUUUUACGGAUUAGUUGCGGGAAAGGUGAAUCCAUCAUUGACAGCUCUCCUAAAUUUGACAGACUGAUGUUAUUGACCCCGAAUUGAUGACAACCGUGGUCAACCAUGCCGGCCCUGGUGUUGUUCAAUCGACGUUGGCGAAUCGGAAGCGAUGACUUUGUUUUCCCCGGCAUCUGGUCCUUUGUUUUUCGAAUCAUAUGGCUAACCACUGUCUUUGUGGUCUACUCAUCCCGCGUGUCCUUCCUGGAUUGUCUGGGGAAGGAUCUCCUACAGACCUACCUGAUCGGUCUGAUCACCAUCCUGAUCAUCACCAUAGUACUGGAGUUCAUCAUAGUGUACCUGAGUGCUCAGGGGUCCAUAUUUAAUACCACACCCAGGCGACAUCUCCCUUUGUUCUUGUACAUACGAGUCUUUGUCUUCCUGGUGGAGAUCGUCUUCAGCAUCGUGGGCGCGGUCUGGGCCUUCAGGGAGUGGGAGUUUGAUAAAACAGGCAGCUGUGACCGCGGCGUGGUCCACUUAAUCCAGGCCGCCGUCAUCAUCAGCUGGAUCAUCUUUGUUGCUGUCGUGGUUGCUGUGGUGAUCCUUCUGAAUCCCUGGCACGACGCCGACGAGACGGAAGAGACAGACCACGAAGGAGAGCACACCAUCGAUCCUGCCGUCCAACUGAAAUGGGAACAGAGAUGUAAGAUGCUUUGUUGCUGUGCAGGGAAGGACGCUAACUCCCAGGUGGCCUAUGCAGAGGUGGCGGCCAUCCUCUCCAAAUUCUUCCAUGGUCUGGACAUCGUGCCUUCAGACAUCGUGGCCGGCCUGAUCCUCAUGCAACUUGAGCAGGAGCGUCUGAUGCGUGACGGGGAGCAGCCCAACCUGACGCGCCCCGCCGGCCCCUGCCUGUCGGCCCCCUCCAGACCCGCCAUCGAGGAGGUCCCGCUGGCCCUGCACUACCUCCGCUUUGCCUCCAGCGCUUACGGCUGGAAGAUGUUCCUGUUCAGUAACCUGUGCUGCGGGGUUUGCAAACUCUGCGGUCUCUGUCGGAAUGAUCAAACACGGUGCUGCAGUUGUCUGCGUUCAGAUUACGGCACAGAGAAGGACAACUGUUGCGACUGUGACACGGCAGCCGUCAGACAGGUGACAGAACUGGACACGGAGGACAUUGUAUAUAUCAGCUUCCAUAACAGAAUAUAUGAGAUUCCCUUUUUCGUUGCCUUGGAUCACCGGACUCAGUCUGUAGUCGUCACAAUCAGAGGAUCUUUAUCGUUCAGGGACGCUCUGACAGACGCCACGGCGGAGUCCAUCAAACUAGACGUGGAGGGUCAAGAAAUCUACGCACACAAGGGCAUCGCUCGGACCGCCAUGUACAUCAGGGAUAAACUAGAGAGAGAACACAUACUGGAGAAGGCAUUCCAGAAAGCACCGGAUUAUAAGCUAGUAAUAGCAGGCCACAGUCUGGGAGCCGGCGCUGGGACAAUCCUCUCCAUCUUACUAUGCAACACCUGGCCCGGCCUCAAGUGCUAUGCCUUCGCACCCCCUGGUGGGCUCCUCAGUGCAGAGGGAGUAAUCUACACAGCUGAUUUUGUGACGUCCGUUUUGCUUGGGGAAGAUCUUGUGCCCAGAUUAGCCUUGGGUACUCUUGACGAACUAAAAAGUCGAAUGAUGGACAUUGUCAAGCGAUCAGACAGACCAAAGUACCAAACCCUCUUGGGUGGCUGUUGGUGGACAUGCUGUGGCUUCCCCGAGACCCUCCCCCAUUCCUCGGACUCGGUCCACGAUCACCCUACGGAGGACCCAGAGAGUAGACAACCCCUGAUCAACAGCCAAGCCACGCCCAAAGCCCGGCCCAACUACACCGGGGCGACGGCGGUGACGGAGGGAAAUAACGGAAGUACGGCCGGGGGUCAGUCUGAUGCCGGGGGAAGGAUUGAGCUGUACCCACCGGGCAGGAUACUGUGGGUAUCAGAGGACGAUAGACCAUCGAGGAGAUCGAUCUGCUAUCAACCGUCCUACAAAAUCAAGUGGGCGACGUGUCAGGAUUUCAGCCACAUCAUCAUCAGCCCCGCGAUGGUUGGCGAUCACAUACCGGUCAAGCUGAUCAGAGCCUUGGAAGAAAUGGACGAGGCUUGCUGUGUCGGGCUCGACUCCAACGACCAUCCUGUAUGAUGAAAAAAAAGUCGGGAGUUUUUAGAGGUCCGGCGAGUGCGGGUCAAGAUUUAUCUGCAGUGUUUAAAGUCCACAGACACAAGGUACUUAAUGAUAUAGGCUCCGUGCACCAACAAAAGAGGGCGCGUUUUUACCACUUUUGAGAGCUCCAUGGAUUGGACACACAGUGUGCGUGAGAGCGCUGUACUGUACUGGUUGGUGCGCGAAGUGCGCACGACUCCCUGAAUGUGCAAAAGCUAUCAGCCACAGCGUCUUCGCGCGAGUGACAGUUGUCGUCGGCGCGUAAAUACGUUCAAAUUUAACCUGCAAUGGUCUCACAGAAUAAUCCAUGCCCCCAAUAAUUUUGGAUCAUUUGAAAUACGUAGUGGCUGGACCGCGAACCAGUCGAGGUCUCUCCCAACUCUCCUUUUCUGGCCAUUGAGGGGGUACUUGUGCACGGAGCCUAUAAAGACUAGGGAAGACUAGUAAAACUGGUCUCAGUGUCCACAAAAUUCUAUUCUUAUUGAAUCUGAAUGGCUCAUCAUGCAUCUGGUCUGCACAAUGGGCUGGAUUUAGCCCAUUCAUUGACGUUACGGGGUAAUCCUAUACAACAGCACUGCCCGGCUCAGUCAGUCAGUCAGUGAGUAGGGAGAAAGAGAACGAUAUUGUGGCACUCGGGGACAAGCAAAUAUAAUUAACAUGUCAAAAUUGAGCCGCAUUCAUAUGUUCAACAGACUUAAAACUCGAGUGUGUUGUGUCUUGAUGACGACUCGUUUUUCACCACUAGAGGGCGCCCUUUUCAAUGCGCAUUUUGUACCCACUUGGAUGGAGAAUUCUUACCACAAUAGCAAUACGUGUAUUAGUGUGUAUCAAUGUGUGCACUUCUGCUUUCAAAAGGUGUAUAAGUCACUAUCUUCAAGCUUAUUGAAGUUUUCUAAAAUGGUGGUCAAAAGCAGCAACGUAUCCUGAAUUUCUUGAGUUAGGCCACUGUACAUGCCAUGGGUGCGUUCCACUUAUGCCAAAUGAUGCAAAAAAUUGAACAACUAUUUCCAAUUAGAUAGUCACAAAGAGGGCGUAACAGUUGCGAAGGUUUGCACGAGUGGAACGCAGCCCUGGCAGAAUUAUGGAUAGGUCAUGUGACUCUUUGCCUAGACUUCAUUGGUUGAUGGCUUCGAACCUAUUCAUGCAUAUUGACGAUUACCUUUUCUUUAAUUCUAAGAUUUACAGAUUU